AUGGCUAUCAUCCAGAGGUCGCUUCAGUUAACAGAACAUGCUUCAGCCAGGACUGCCACUCUGCGUUUCUGUAGAAUUGUAUCAAAAGUAAACAAAGCUUAUUCUUCCCUAGGAAAAGAGGAUUUCCCCGAAGCAGGUGAAGACCUUUUUGGUAAAGGUUUUGCGUCGCGUCUGAAAAAACGUACAGAGACAGCUGCAGAACUAUCUGAAGCUAAGAAAGUGGGACACCAGAAUUUUCUCUCAAACCCUCUACGUGUUCGUUUCUUCCUGGCACGUGGAGGGUCAUGGAACAAGGGACGACGAGGAGCCCUCCAGGGUUGCUGGCAAACCAGAACUCGUCCUUAUCAACCAAGGGGAAAGUGCUACCUUCCCUCCCCAAGCGAAACCUCAAGCAAGCAACAACUACAGGUACGUCCCUAAAUCUUUUACCAAUACACUCUGCCUCAGCACAAGUGGCAGGUCGCCCCAGGUAUUUUCAGGCCAAUCGGCAUCUUAUUUCACAGACUACCCUUGGGUGUUGGAGACCAUUAUGGGCUACAAGAUAGAGUGCAUUCAGUUCCUCAUCGGGAAGCCUUUCCCCGCACUUUCGUUUCAACUGCCCAAAAGGAGGCUGUUCAAGCGAAGAUAG